CUCUCCUCUGCUAGUGCUCUCUGUUGUCCUCAGUUCGGCCACCAGCAUAUUGACUUAGUGGAAGAGAUACAGGCUUUGGACUUAGAUUGAUUUGGAGUCAUGGCUCUUCAUGGCCUUGGAUCUGUCUCUACAAGAUUCCACUCUUUCCAGAGAGGGGGACACAGAGGCAGAGAUUAUGGCUGCUGUGGUUUUUUCAGUUGGACCUCUCUGAGUCAUGAAGUUACCCAGCCAGAUGAAGAUCUUCACCUUCCCAUAGAAGAAACAAAGGUAUACUUUAAACACUGGUAUGAUUUCAAACUGCAAAAUUUCUGUGAUUUUAAAAGACAGCUUCGUGUUUCCUUUGUGAAAACAUACAGUAAAAUAUUGAAUAGAAGUAAGAAGAGCGGCCAUGCGUGUCUUGUUCAUGAUCUCAGGGGAAAUGCAUUUGGCUGUUUACCACAAUCAGUGACAUUUAAAGAUGUGACUGUAGACUUCACAUUGGAGGAGUGGAUGUUGAUGGACUCUACACAGAGGGACCUGCACAAGGAUGUGAUGCUGGAAAAUUACAGGAAUCUGGCCUCCCUGGGUAAGGGCAACGUCUCCUCUGUGUUGUUCUCUCUGACCAUUUUACCAGGGCUUGCAGUUUCCAAACCAGACAUGAUAUCCCAUUUGGAGAAUGGGAAAGGACCAUGGGCCAUGGUGAGAGAAAUCACAAGAACCCCCUAUCCAGGUUUCUGCACUCAAUAUUUAUUAAUUUAGAUGCUCUUUAAAAGAGAACUUGUGGAGGAGAGCAAGAUGGCAGCCGAGUAACAGCUUCCUUGCAUCUGGGCACCACGAGUCCCGGGAGAUAGGACUCCAGGCAUCUCUGGCUGGUGGAAUCUGCCUAUCAUCACCUCUGUGAACUGUUUCCAUGUCUUUGGACUUGGCACUCAGUUGAACUGCCUUGGGGAGAGCCUGAGCGGGAAUGUGGAGAACUCUGGCCGCUGUCUAGGGCCCCAGUCUGAGCCGCCGAGCCAGACAGAGCCAACAGUGUUUGGCUGUGGGCCACAGGGAGCCAUUGCGAGCGAUCGCAAUAUUAUUUUUUCUAUAACUAUUUUCUGUAAAAAUCACCAGUGAAGCCAUCUGGGCAGGUAUUAUCUUCAUAGGGAAGUUUUUUUCAUUUGUUUGUUUGUUUUUGAGAUAGAGUCUCACUCUGUUGCCCUGGGUUGAGAGUCAUGGAAUCAUAGCUCAACUGUUGGGUUUGAGCUUGUCUCUCGUCUCAGCUUCCUGAGUAGCUGGACCUACAAGUGCCUGUAAGAAAGUUUAAAUUAUGAAUUCAAUUAGAUCAACAAAGGAUUAUUCAGAUUUUCUGUCUUUUUUUAAGUUUUGGUAAGAGUUUGGAAAAAUAUGUCUAUAUCAUAUUAUCAAAAUAUAUAAUUAUUGUCCUUAAAUAGUUUAUAAUAUCUGCUUGUUAUAAUUUUAGUAUCUCCAGGAUCUAAAGUGAUGUUCUUUUCUUCAGUCCUGGUAUUGGCAAUUUGUAUAUUCUCUUUUUGUUUUCUUGUUUAGACUUUCUAAGAAUUUAACAUUUUAUUAAUCUUUUU